ACCCCGCCUCCUAAUAAUUAAAAUAGGCGUGUCUGUAUUAAAUUCUCCCCCUCCUUUUCUUUCCCACAUACUACAGCCAUCAUGCCUACAUUUGCAGUUAAGGUAAAAUGGGGUAAGGUGAAGUAUGAUGACUUGGAACUCAACACUGAUGAGCCUCCAGUGAUAUUUAAGAGUCAACUAUUCUCACUAACAGGUGUACCACUGGAGCGACAGAGACUAAUGAUUGCUGGUCAAUCCAUUGGUGAUGAUACGUGGACUGAUCCUGUUAUCAAGAAAAUAAAACCAAACUGUAUGUUCAUGUUAAUGGGUUCAGCUGAUGCCCUACCUACUGCCCCCAAAGAGAAGACAAUAUUCAUUGAAGAUAUGACUGAAGCUGAUGCCGCCAGACUACUUGAGGUUCCAUUUGGUCUUCAUAAUCUUGGAAACACGUGCUACAUGAACGCAUCAUUACAAUGUAUUAGAGCCAUACCUGAACUACGCAGGGAAAUAUUAGAUUUCACUGGUCAUCAUGGACUGGUGGAAGGAUUAGACGUUGCUUCACACGAACUAACAGCAAGAAUGAAUGAACUCUUCGUUUCAAUGGAGAAAAGAGAGCCACAGCUUGAGCUGGCCCUAUUCCUUCAAGGUCUUCAAACAGUUGUUCCUCAUUUUGCUACUAAAGACGAAAGUUCCGGAGUAUUCCAGCAGCAGGACGCUCACGAGUGCUGGCAAAAACUCCUCAGUAUACUCAAGAUAACUCUCAAGGCAACGGAUGGCGGAGAUGGGAGCUCAAUAGAUAAAUUAAACUACUCUUUAUUGUACAUUGUAGAUGUUAAAUUGCAGCAUAGUUACAAGUGCCUUGAGAGUGAGGAUGAGAUGGAGACUAUGGAGUUUGAGGACAGUCUCCAGUUGUCGUGCUUCAUUGAACAAGAAGUGAAGUACUUGCAUACCGGAAUAACUAAAGGUUUAAAAGGUACCAUAGAGAAGGCCUCUCCGACAUUAUCAAGAAAUGCUAGCUAUCAGAAAGUGUCUGCAGUGACUAGGCUGCCGGCCUACCUCACAAUCCAGUUUGUGAGGUUCUUUCACGGCCGAUCAGGGGCAUCAGAAGAUCUCGUAUCAAAGAAAAUCCUAAAAGAUGUCAAAUUUCAAUUACAUUUUGAUGCGUUUGAUUUCUGUUCUCCUGAACUUAAAGAAAAGAUGCUCCCAAUACGUAGGAAGUAUAAAGAAGUUGAAGAUCGCAAAAUGGCUAUUCAAGCUAAGAGGAUCACGGAGGGUGUGAUAGGGAAGGACUCUUCAAAGGAAGCUAGUCAUGUCCUGUAUGAACCAUACAGCUUCCGUGAAGAUCCAGGUAGUAACAACAGUGGAUACUAUGAACUGAUAGCAGUCCUCACUCACAGAGGAAGGAGCUCAUCCUCUGGACAUUAUGUAGCCUGGGUUAGGAAGCAACCUGGUCAAUGGUUUAAAUAUGAUGAUGAUGAUGUCACGAUGGUAACAGAUGAAGAAAUUAAAAAACUAUCAGGAGGAGGGGAUUGGCAUAUGGCAUAUAUACUGGUGUAUGGCCCUAGACCACUUGAAAUAGUCAAAGAACAGCAAUGAAACAAGAGUACUAGUUGACACACACAAUUUAAACUGUCAAUUACGACUGAUAAGUGUAUGUGUGUUUAUAGCAUUGUUAUUAUUAUUAUUGUUAUUAUUAUUAUUAUGAUUAUUUUCAAUUAUAAAGUUGUUGUUGUUGUAUGCU